AGUGACUUCGGGUAAUGUCGACACUGGUGUAAUUUCGACACCUUCAACGGUUUUCCUAUUAUAUCAACAAUAAAGAAUCAUCUUCUUCUUAAUUUAAAUUAAUUUUAUGAUGUCAGAACUAUAUAUGACGUCAUCACUUGCUCUUGCUCUUUUAGGCGUUCUUCCUUUUAUAGAAUUUUCCGGUCUCUGGAGGUCAUCGCUCCUAAACUUAUCCGAAAUAACGGCGUUUACAGAAUCUUAUAAGAAGGAUCGAUAACUCAGGUAUAUAAUUUUAUUAUCAUUUUGUAUUUUUGUAUUGGUUUCGAGGCAAAUAAAACAUAAAUAUGAAUGUUAUAAACAUUUAACCUUGAGUUUAAUCUCGAUUAUAAAACGCAUAACAAUUGAAGUGGGGUGUCGAAAUUGAACGAUAUUAAUCUUAUCUGUCGGCCAAUUUCGACACAUAGUCAUGAAAAUUAUGUUAAAACUUUAAAUUCUCAAAAGUUACUAGAUUCUACAUGCAUAAACUAAAAAUAAAUUCAAACAUGUUAAUUUCCAAAAACAAUAUCUUAUUUUAAUUUCAGGCAAAGAUGUCCAAGCAAAUCGGUGCAAUAAAAAAAUACAGGAAAUAUUCUCCAUCAAAACUAGAAGCUGCAGUUAAGAUGGUAGAAAGCGGCUCGUUGUCCCGUAAAAAGGCUGCAAUUGUAUACAGGAUUCCUAGAACUACGCUUAUUGAUAAGCUGUCAGGGCGAACACAGUUGGGUUCAAAUCCUGGUCGUAAAACUGUCCUCACGCAAGCAGAGGAAGAGGUUAUAGUAAACUAUUUUAAGUUAAUGGCAGACAUUGGUUACCCUCUGACUCGCCAAGAGCUUCUUAAGGAAGUUAAGAAGGUACUUGAUCAUGACGGACGUUGUACUCCUUUCAAAAACAAUAUGCCAGGAAAGGAUUGGUUUUAUGGGUUUUCAAAACGGAAUCCUGGCAUUGCGCAAAGAACUGCCAUGGCACUUGGACAUCAGCGCACAUACAUUUCAAAAGAAAUGGUGGAUGGUUGGUUCACAAACCUAAAAGAUUAUCUUAAAGGUGAGGUGCCUGACUGGGAGCGUAUGAUCAAUGACCCCCGCCGCUGUUUUAAUGCCGAUGAAAGCGGUUUUCCGCUCUGCAUUAACACCGGGAAGGUACUUGCUGAAAAAGGAGCACGCCAUGUGUACCAAGUGACUUCAAGUACAAAACAGCAGCUGACUGUCAUGGCGUGCUUUAAUGCAUAUGGUGACUAUAUACCACCACUAAUUGUAUACCCAGGUGAAAGAUUUCGCGACUGCGGCAUUCAAGACUUCCCUCAAGCAAUCUAUGGACAUACGCAAAAUGGGUGGAUGGACGGCGCUCUUUUUGUUGAAUUCCUUAAAUCUUUCAACGAAUUUGUGAAUGAUCAGAAUAUACAAAAACCGGUCAUCUUAUAUGUUGAUGGUCAUUCAACGCACAUGUCACUGGACGCUGCAAAUUUCUGCAAUGAAAACAAUAUUGUGUUGUAUUGCCUCCUACCCAAUGCAACUCAUAUCCUACAACCUUGUGACGUCGGAUUUUUUGGACCUAUGAAGUCAGUUUGGAAGAAAGAAAUCAAAGAAUGGCAUUUUGAUCAUGUAGGCCAAUCCUUUACCAAAAAGCAAUUCCCCUUAGUAUUUAGGAAACAUGGCUUCAAGUUGCCAAACUGCAAAACGCUAUUCAUGGUUUCAAACGCUGUGGCCUCUUUCCAUUAUGCCCAGAAAAUAUUGACAUUACAAAGUUGA